AUGCCCCGGCGUCGCCCCAGCUCCUGUGCCCAGCAGGUGGCGCCCGAGGGGCUCCCCGGCGGUGGCGAUCGCAGACGGAGAGACCCGCUGCUGCCGCUCGAGCUCCGAGCAGCCUCUGGCGCGGGGGCCUCCGGGGGCUCCACGGCUUCGGAGGGCGGCGCCGAGUGGUGGGAGGCCCCCGCGUGUGAGUCCUCGCACUCGGAUCCCGGGGUGGGCGUCAGGCGCCCCCGGUCGCGCCUGCCCGUCCUGCCCACCGUGGCUCAGCGGGCGGCGCGGAACCGGACAGGGCUGAGCCCCGGGAACCGGCGCCCCGGGCCUGGACAGUGCGAGGACCCCCGCAGGGGCUCGGCCAGGGAGAACCCCGACUCUUUGGGCGACCUCCUAGGAGAGUUCCUCCCUGGCCGGUCCUGGCAGUUCCUGCACCAGCUCAGGGCUGAGUCUGCGGAGCAGCCGCGACCACCGACUGAGGCCCCUACGGCCCCCACGGGGGGGGCAUCCUCAGCAUCACAACAUCAAAGGGGUGUGUCAGAACACUCUGGAAGUCCUCCUCAGUGUCCCCGCUACUCCUUCCUCCCAGACCUGGGGGGCCAGUCAUUGUACUUCAAGAAUAGUCUUGAGAAGAUUUUGCUCCAUCAGAUACCUGCCCUGGGGCCCUUCAGGAGAGAUCACUCACAAUUCACCACGGUCAAGAAGACCAAUCAGCCCCACGCUACACAGGCCCCCAAGCUCAAGGCCGUGCUCACCCACAACUCCUCGGGGGAAGGCUCAGGGCACCGCAGGCGGUGUUGCCCUUUCUGCGUGCGGUUUGCGGAUGAGACGCUACGGGACACAGCGCUCCGCUACUGGGAACGCAGCUGUGCAGUCCGGCAGGGCAUCCUCGAGAACAGGACAGCCAGCGUGUCAGCAGCAUCGGAGCAGGUGUUCAGGAGUGUCGGGAGAUGGCUGGAGAGUUUGCCCAAAGCCCUGUAUCCCAGGGCCAAGGAGGACACCAUGGCCAACUCAUUCGGCUGGGACUUCCCUGGCCUGUCCACCCUGGAGCCGAAGGGCCACCUCUCUGAGGACACCUCUAUGAACAGCAGCCUGCCCUUCAUCCCCAGGCCCACCACCCAGAGGCAGCGGGGGGACCUCAAAACCUUUCUGGAGCAGGAGUCCUUCCUGCCCAGCUUGGUGUUGCACACGGUACUGAAACAAGGCCGCCCUAAGGGGCACCAGCUCCUCCUGCCAUCAACAUCACGUCGCACUCAGAGGUGA